AGUUUCACCGUUGAGUCCCUCUUCCCAGCUGUUCAUAGCUGUCCAUUCCUUCUCCAUCCCCAUGUGACCCUACUGCACACAAGAUACCCUUCAAAUUUUUUUUCAGUUUUUAUAGGAUUUUAUACCCUCAAACAAAAAUAUUUAAAAAUAACAUCACAAAAAGAAAAAAAAAUAAGAAAAAAAAUUCAUGAUUAUGUUGUUGUUUAAUUAACUUUGUAACUUUCUUCCCUCUAACAUUCCCCAAAGGUUUCUGGGGUUAUAAAUAUUUAUUUAAAGGGUUGUGUUAGAGGCUCAUCACUUUCAUUUUCCUUCUCCCUUUUCCUAUAUCUCUCUAUAUCUCUAUAUUAUUUUCAUGCAAAAAAAACAUCAUUAACAAAAACAACAACAUAUUUAAGGUUUGUGAAAAUUCCUGUUCGUUAAUUUUGUUUCUCAAAUGGCACAAUUACCUCCCAAGAUUCCAAUCAUGUCAUCCCCAAGUUGGUCAGAUUUUUCACCUCAUCAAAAAAAUAGUAUGCCAACCUCCUUUUCAACCAACAACAUUGUCUUCAACAACAACGUUAGCACUAACAAUUAUCAUCAGAAUCAAAACCCUUCAUGGGUGGACGAGUUUCUCGACUUCUCGUCCGCUAGGCGGGGAGCUCACCGUCGGUCUGUGAGCGACUCCGUGGCGUUCUUGGAAUUGCCAAUGCUCGACGAUUGCCGCGGGAAAGAUGGUGAAAACAAUAUUAACGAUGAUGACAACGAGUUCGACAAGUUUGAUGAUGAACAGUUUAUGUCCAUGUUCAACGAUGAAAUAGCCGGUGUCCAUAAUAUGCAACCGAUAUUGUCCUCGUCGAACACUUCGAGUCCUUCUGAUCAGAAUUUUGUCAACAAUGAGAAUGAGAAUGAGAAUGAGAUGAUAAAUAAGGAGGAGAAGAAGGAAAAUGAUUUGAGAGAGAUGAAGAAAGAGGAAGAUGACGAGAAGCAAUUGAAAAAUGAACCCGAGGAGGUUGAAAGCCAAUGCAACCAGGAAAAUUCACAGCCUCAAAAUAACAACAACAAUGCAUCUUCUUCUAACGACAGAAUCACCGACCCUAAGAGAGUCAAAAGAAUCUUGGCGAAUAGGCAAUCGGCGCAAAGAUCGCGGGUGAGGAAGCUGCAAUACAUAUCAGAGCUUGAACGAAGUGUAACUUCAUUGCAGGCUGAAGUUUCAGUGCUUUCUCCACGAGUUGCAUUUUUGGAUCAUCAACGUUUGCUUCUAAAUGUUGACAAUAGUGCUCUCAAGCAAAGAAUUGCAGCUCUUGCUCAAGACAAGAUUUUCAAAGAUGCACAUCAAGAGGCACUGAAAAGGGAGAUAGAGAGAUUAAGACAAGUAUAUCACCACCAAAACCUCACAAAGAAGGAAAAUGCAACAGGUUCACCUUUACCAUCUCCAUCACAUAAGCCAUUAUGUGAUCCUCAGUCAGAAAAUGAACAACUUCUCAAUGGAAACACAUGUGCAGCAGUGGCAUCAAAAGAAAGGGUGGAAGAAACAGUUGUGUCUGCUUUAACUUAAUUUAUCAUAAUAUCUAUCUAUCUAUAUAGAAUGGAUGCAUAAUGAUGUUUGUUGAUGAUUCUUUCACUUCUUUAUUUUUUGUGUUUUGAUUUUGUGGAGUGAUGGAUGUUGGAUUUAAUGGGUUUGGUUGUAAUCUAUAUAAUUAUUAUAUAAUCAUUUUAUUUUGAAAAAAAUAAAAUGUAAAUAGUUAUCAUUAGUUUGACUCAAUUUGGGAUGUAUAUGUAAUGGAGUUUUAACUGUUUCAUGAAAUGAAUUUGUAGUUUUUGUGGGG